GGACACAAGAUAGACCGAAGGUGCCGCUGUCCAGCACUUACAGCUUCUGAAAUACAAGCUCAGGUGUCCGCGGUGCAGGAGCGGGUGGUGACUACAAGUCCCGUCAUGCUGUUGGGCAUUACUGAUAGCCGGUGUCAUUCGUGAAUCCAAAGACCCCUGUUCGGGCGCCCUCUGCUGAUCUACGUCGGUUGUGUCGUGUAGAGAGGGGAGCACAGCCCACCAGCCUUGCAGCUCCGCCGCACACCUCCCUUCUCCUCACUGACUCCGGUUAGAUAGGCUGCUCGGUGCUCUCCGGGGAAGAGUUAGAUACCUGUCCCCUGCAUCCAUCACUCCGCAUGUGAGGCUGCUGUCCGGACAUCCCUGGGCUCUAAGCAACUGUGUGACUUGUCCCGUUGUGGCACCUCGGAACCUGUGGCUGCCAUCCCUCCAGUGUGCAGUGUCCUGGGUGGCAUCUCCUCUCUGUGGGAGCCGGAAGAUGCGCCCUGCCCUCUGAGACUGGAACAGCAAUGAUUCCCGAGCAGGCAAACCAUGUCGUGUCCACCAUCGAGAACCUCCCGGCGGAGAGCAUCUCCACCAGCCCCCUUCCCCUGCAGAGGCUGAGGAAAGUCUUUAACAGGGAAAUGCUGUUGUCUAUAGCCCUGGGCCAGGUGUUAUCUCUGCUUCUAUGUGGCAUCAAACUUACAAGUAAAUACCUAUCGGAGGAUUUCCAUGCCAACACACCACUCUUUCAGAGUUUUCUUAACUACAUUCUUCUAUUCUUGGUAUACACGACCACACUGGCUGUAAGACAAGGGGAAGAAAACUUAUUGGCAAUUUUGAAAAGGAGAUGGUGGAAAUAUAUGUUCUUGGGAAUUAUAGACAUUGAAGCGACGUACCUAGUGGUGAAGGCACAUCAGUAUACCACCUUCAUUAGCAUACAGUUACUUAAUUGUUUUGUGAUCCCCGUGGUCAUAUUACUGUCCUGGUUUUUCUUGCUGGUGCGAUAUAAGGUUUUACAUUUCAUUGGUGCAGUUGCCUGUAUCUUAGGAAUUGGCUGCAUGGCAGGAGCGGAUGUUCUUAUGGGAAGACAACAGAAGGAAGAAUUUUUUCCAGGGGAUAGCAAGCUAAUUGGGGAUGUUUUGGUUCUUGGCGGUGCCACUCUGUAUGGCAUUUCUAGUGUGUGCCAAGAGUAUAUUGUUCGAAAUCUGAGCCGGAUUGAAUUAUUAGGGAUGAUUGGACUAUUUGGAUCAUUCUUCAGUGGAAUACAGCUAGCAAUAAUGGAGCACAAAGAGUUGCUAAAAGUACCCUGGGACUGGCAAAUAGGUCUGUUGUACGUGGGAUUCACUGCCUGCAUGUUUGGCCUUUAUAGCUUCCUCCCUGUGGUCAUUAAAAAAACAAGUGCCACCGCGAUCAACCUCUCGACAUUAACAGCAGAACUGUACACUUUUUUCUGUGGUCUCUUCUUGUUUCACUACAAGUUUUCAGGACUUUAUCUCCUGUCCUUCAGCACAAUUCUGGUUGGACUGGUACUGUACUUCUCCACGACAACUUAUGUGGCCCAGGAUCCAAGAGUGUACAAGCAAUUCCGCAACCCAUCAGGACCUGUAGUAGAACUGCCUUCAAAUGCACAGUUGGAGCCUUCAGUAACAUACACAAGCUUAGGCCAAGAGACAGAGGAGGAGCCCCGAGUUAGAGUUGCCUAAAUUAAGCAUUUUUUUUACCCACUGAGGUCUCAGUGACAUCUGUUUUCCAUUAUCUCUGUAUUGUGCAUAGAAAAAACAGGCAUUUGCCAGAUACAUUUAACUGAAGGGACCUGAAAGCAGGAGCAUGAAAAACGUUUUUGGAAAGAUGCAAGAAAAGUCCAACACCAACAGGCGCAGGAACACCUGGAGUCAUAGAUAUGACAGCACUAUUUAUUCAUGAGUGUGUAAUCUCUUAGGGGUAGAACAAUGUUGUGAACAGUGAUAUUACCUCAAUGUUUACUUUUUGCACAUGUCUUCAUGUGAUAUAUUGCCAAGAUUUUUAUUUUUGAAUUGACAUCAUGUAGUUUUCACAGAACGUCCCCUUUCUUACCCAACCAAGUGGUUGCUUAAUAAAAGUGACCUGAGCAUAAUGAAUGACAUUCCUACUGGUGCACUGCCAGCUGCCUCCGCUCUGUAGCCCAGGCAUCACCCAGACUGUUGGUAGCUAAAUCAAUUCCCCACAGAACUUUUAUAAUACAGUAGGUUUGUAAGUCUUUUUGUACCGUCCGUCCAUGUGCCAGGUAAUAUUCUAAUGUUUCAUGCUUUAACUCAAUAUCUUAAAGCUUGCAAAACCUAAGUGUUACAGAUCAAUAUAACUGUGCUACAACUCCACCAGUGCCAUAAAUAACCACAAGUAACCUACAGUACACCAGCACAUUCUAUAAUUGUCAUUAUAUUGUGAUUAUCACACGUAUAUCAGUUCAGUGUUCACUGCAAUAUAGUCUCUCUGAUCUCUCUGUGCCAAGCUGUUAAAGAAUUGUAAUUCAAGCACAUGAUUUUAGUAAAGCACUACAGAUGGUUAUACGGAUGUGAGAAUUAUAUCAAUAAAUAUGUCAUGUACUUUUCUGUUGCAUGGACCAACCUGCAGUAUACCCCACCCAUUAUAAUAUGUACAUUAAAUACCAUAUAUCAACUACCAUUCCACCUGUUCAUAUUGUCACCUACUUACAUUAAAGGGGAUUGCCAAAAUAAAAAAUAUAUUAUCCAUUCAAACUCCCCAGAUGCAGUGGUUUCCAUAUAGUACCAACCCUGGCAACACAUCCCACUCCAUUUAAACAGGAAAGAAUGUAUACUGAUGUGUCUUAAUGCUCCCCGGAAGUUAAACUCAGUACCUAAUCCUGACCAUGUACAUCAAAUUUUUAUGUGUCUAGCACCUUUAUAAAAAAAAAAUGUAUUACACUUUUAAUUUAGCUCACUAGUCUGAAUUUCUCUCAAAGGGAAGGGGCGUGGCCUCAUUGUGCAGGUCUCCGCCCCCUCCCUCAGUAUGCUAUCUGCUCACAUCUCCCCUAGCAUUAGCAAAACUACAACUCUACUAUCACAGACUGUAUUGCUAUUUACCUCAGAAGCUACUCUUAAAUCAUAUUAUCGAAGAAACAAAAUAGCUAAAAUUAUUCUUUUAUUACAAAAAUGCAAAAACACAAACACUAAAGUUAAAAAUAGGUACCGGUUACAAACAACACUAAAGAUACUGGUAAGGUCCAUCCCUUUAUAUACAUCUAUACCCAACGCGUUUCCCCGUAUUCAGAUGUAUAACACGGUUCAUCAGGGGUUAAACAAGAAAAAUGUAUAUAUGUACUUAGACGGUCUGCAGUAAUUA